UUAAAAUUCCUUGGGGGCCAUCGGUAACAUAAGUUAGUUAAUACUUUCUAAUUAAGAUGCCUAAGAAAAAGACUGGACAAAGGAAAAAAGCUGAAAAGCAAAAACUUAGACUUAAGGAAAUUAGAAGUCGUGAAGUGCCACUAGCUGAUUUUCCCUGUAAUGCGCCUAUGGAAUGUGACAAAUGUGAACGCAAGCAAAAAUCAAGAGCCUUUUGUUACUUUUGUCAAAGUCUUCAACGUCUUCCGAUAUGUGCCCAAUGCGGCAAAGUAAAGUGCAUGCUAAAGACGGGUGAUUGCGUGGUCAAACAUGCCGGAGUAUUCACCACCGGUUUGGGUAUGGUAGGAGCCAUAUGUGAUUUUUGUGAAGCUUGGGUUUGCCACGGACGCAAAUGUUUGCAGACACAUGCCUGUACUUGUCCGCUGCAAAAUGCUGCCUGUCUAGAAUGUGAAAGAGGUGUCUGGGAUCAUGGAGGUCGCAUAUUUAAGUGUUCCUUUUGCAAUGGCUUCCUAUGUGAAGAUGAUCAAUUCGAACACCAGGCCUCGUGCCAGGUUCUGGAAAGUGAAAACUACAAGUGCCAGUCGUGUAAUCGUCUGGGUCAAUACUCAUGUUUACGUUGCAAAACGUGCUACUGCGAGGAUCAUGUGCGUCGCAAAGGCUUUAAGUAUGAGAAGAAUAAGGCCAUACCAUGUCCCAAGUGUAACUAUGACACAUCGGUCACCAAGGAUUUGAGUAUGUCUACGAGAUCUCAUAAGUUUGGCCGUCAACAACAAGGAGGAGCUGCUGAUAGCGAUGAUGAAUACGGUGGUGGUUAUUAUGGUGGCUACUCCGGUGCUGGCACCUCAUCUGGCUACAGUGGGUAUGGUGGUGGUGAUGAUGAAGACUCUGAGGACGACGAUGAUGAAGAUUAUGAUGAUGAUGAUGAAACAGAAGAGGAUUCCGAUGAGAAUGAAACGGAGGCCAGUGAAGAGGAAAAGGAAGCAUCUAAUGCCAAGGAUGAUAAAACCAAUAAAAAAUAAUUUAACAUAAAACGGUGAACGUUUUUAGUAAAUUAUAUAUGAUUUAAAUAUUGAUGUGUCAAGCCUAUGAUGUGUCAAACAAUAAAAUAAACUGAAUAUCUGGCAACUCUA